CCGCUUCCGACUGCAUCUGUCCCGCUCACUGCCGCCCACCAGCUGCCAGAAUGCCGAACUGGGGAGGAGGCAAGAAAUGUGGGGUGUGCCAGAAGACAGUUUACUUUGCCGAAGAGGUCCAGCGCGAGGGCAGCAGCUUCCAUAAGUCCUGCUUCCUGUGCAUGGUCUGCAAGAAGAAUCUGGACAGCACUACUGUGGCUGUGCAUGGAGAGGAGAUUUACUGCAAAUCCUGCUACGGCAAGAAGUAUGGGCCAAAAGGCUAUGGCUAUGGGCAGGGCGCAGGCACGCUGAGUACUGACAAGGGAGAAACCCUGGACAUCAAGCAUGAGGAGGCCCCUGGCCACAGACCCACCACUAACCCCAAUGCGUCCAAGUUUGCCCAGAAGAUCGGAGGCUCUGAGCGCUGCCCUCGAUGUAGCCAGGCAGUCUAUGCUGCGGAGAAGGUGAUCGGGGCUGGAAAGUCUUGGCAUAAAUCCUGCUUCCGAUGUGCCAAGUGUGGCAAAGGCCUCGAGUCAACCACACUGGCAGACAAGGAUGGUGAGAUUUACUGCAAAGGAUGCUAUGCUAAAAACUUCAGGCCCAAGGACUUUGGCUUUGGACAAGGAGCUGGGGCCUUGGUCCACUCUGAGUGAGGCCGCCCACCACUGCCUGCUGCACCCGCCCUCUCAUGCUUUCCAGUGCCAUUUCCUUCCCAGCCACCAUGGAGACCACCAGGAUUCUCUCACUCAGCCCUGCUGCACAUCACUAAUGACUUGAACUUGGGCAUCUGGCUCCCUGUGGUUUGGGGGGUCUGCCUGAGCUCCUGUCCCACUAAGAAGCGUCCCCUGCCUUGCAUCUGACACCAUCAUCAGUUAAAGACACCUGUCUCUGUAGUGUUAAGUGGGACCAGGCCCUUUCCCCACACCUCACUCUUCAGAGCCUGGCCUCUUCCAUGUUGUCAACAGGACUCCUGAGCUCCCCUGUUGAAGUCCACAGGAACAGACAGCAGUGACCAGCAGGGGGUGGGAUGGGGAGCAGGGUCAAGAUGGGAGGAGGGGAUGUUUUGGUGUAUUGGAUCCCAGAGACUCUCCUCUGAGAAAGAGGGUGGGGCUCCUUGAGGCUCCUCAGAAGACGUCUGAGGACUCCCUGCUCAGAAGUCACAAGAUCAUUGGCCACAGCCCUUGCUGCUCCAGCCCUCUUGCCUUUGAGCCACUGUGGAACUGGAUCCUUCCAUUUGAGAUUAGAGAACAACCCAGGUGUGGGAACCCCAAAGUUGGGAGGUUGCCUGACCUCAGUCACUAGUUCCUGGUUUGAUGGGGGAGAUUAUGUGAAACACUUUCAAGCCACAUUUGCAUCUGUCAGUGGUCCAAAGCCUAAGGUGGUUAGCCCUGGCCCUAACCUAGGGUCUGAAGUUACAGGGAGUGCAGCCCAGAUCAGUGCUCUGCUCUAGCCAUGCCUGGUGAUUAUUCCUCAGAUGUAGAGGGAGGCACACUCACCCUUCACCUUCUAAUGCCCCAUCUAUCCCACGCUUCUCUGGGGGCCUUCUCUAGCCACAAAGCCUCCUUCCUUAUAGAACCCAAGUCAGGAGCCGCAAGAGGAAGGAGGUGGGCCCUGCUCUCUUCUCGCAGUGGCUGAAAGGAACACUGUAGCUGUCAAAUGCAAGGGCCAUGGGCACAGGCUGAUUUUUCUUCUGGUCAAUAAAG